AUGUCCGUCCCCAACGACCCUCUGGCCACAGAAGGCUUGAGAUCGCUCAGCCCUGAGCCCAUUGAAAGUAUCAGCGAUCGGGAGUCGACGUUGAGUGCCAGACUCGACGGCGAUGAUCCAUCGGAUGCAUCGUACUAUCAGCGCCGGCAUCGGGACCGUCAGAAGAAGCAGGUCGUGAGACUGGUCGCCUUUGUCGUGGCUAAUGCAUUCUCCCUGUGUGCCGGGUCUAAUGUACUCUUCUCUAUGUACGCCCCGCUGUUCCAGUCGCGACUACACUACACGCAGCUCCAAGUCAACGGCGCCGCCAUUGCCUGCUCCGUCGCCCUCUACUUGCCCAUUUCGAUCGUGGGUUUUCUCUGCGACCGGUACGGGGCACCGCCACUGGCACUUGGCUCCGGAACUAUCCUGGGACUUGGGUAUGGACUGGCCGCCGCUGUCUACCGCGAUGUUGACCUCCGAUACCGGUCCCUGGGCAAGAAGCCGCACGACGAGGCUGACAAAACAUACCCUCUCAUGAUCCUCGCAUUUGUCUUCAUCGGUAUGGGUACCUGUGCUGGCUACAUGUCUAGCGUAUCUACAGUGGCCAAGAACUUUGGCAAGGGAAAAUAUCGCGGUCUUGCUCUGGCUAUGCCCAUCACAUGUUUCGGCCUCAGCGGCAUGUGGCUCAGCCAGGUUGGUAGUAUCAUCUUCUAUGAGACGCGGAAUGACGGGUCUAAGGGCGACGUUGAUGUCUUCCGCUUCUUCAUCUUCCUUGCCGUACUCCUUUUACUCAUGGGAAUACUGGGCUCUCUCACUCUCCGUGUUGUGGACGAGAAAGAGCUCAUCGAUGAGGCCAUUGAGGAGAUGGAAAACAGCGGACUGCUUGAUGGCUCCUCCCUCCUCGGCCAGUCCGAGCGAAGCUAUGGGGCUGUCGAGCAAGCUGCGUCGACGCACGACGAGGACGGCUCUUUCGACACCCCCAAGGACGAUGAUGCCAAAUGGAGGAAAAACUGGGUCCUCAAUGCCGAGACUCGUCGCUUCCUUUCGGAUCACACCAUGUGGCCCUUUGCCAUGUCUUUUCUUCUUAUGGUCGGUCCUGGUGAGGCCUUCAUCAACAAUCUAGGUACUGUCAUUGGUACCCUGAGUCCGCCGGAGGAGCAAGUUAUUUUCAGUGGGACAUCUGCGGCUACUCAUGUGUCGGUAUUUGGCGUUACCAGCACGAUCUCGCGCCUCGUCAUUGGCACUCUCACCGACAUAUUUGCCCCGUCGCCCUCUACCCAGCAUGCCCAACUCGGGCCAGCCCAACAUUCCUCUCCGCUGCGACGCAUCUCUAUCUCUCGUGUCGUAUUCAUGCUCUUUUUCGCCAUUCUGAUGGCAAUCGGGCUCCUCUUUCUCGCUUCCGGCGCCGCCCAGAACCAUGCCGAUCGCUUCUGGGUCGUGUCUGCACUUGUCGGUGCUGGUUAUGGCGCUAUCUUCAGUUUGACGCCACUGAUCGUCACAAUCAUCUGGGGUGUCGAGAACUUUGCCACCAACUUCGGCAUCAUUGCCACGGUGCCCGCCUUAGGCUCCGUCUUCUGGGGCUCUGUUUUCUCAGCUGUAUACCAGCAAGGGGCAAGGUCGGUGAACACAUCGCCGGACCAAGACGACGAAUUGUUUUGCUACGGGAAACAGUGCUACGCUUCGACAUUCUGGGCUGAAGGACUCACAGUUUUACUGGCAUGCGUGCUGCUAGUCUGGGCGUGGAAGGGUCGAGGCGGGUGGCAGCAGAGAGGCAUUGUUAUUUGA